AUUAACAGCCGCCGACGAAAUUAGUUGAAUUGAAGAAAUCAAGAAAUCAAACGUGCAAUACGGCGGAUCUACAUUUAUUUUGACUGGGUUAGUGGUGUGUCAUGGGAGAUCACCCUAAUUUCACAUCGUCAUACAAAAAAGGAGAACAACAACUGCUGCAGCAGGUGUAAGACGAGAAACACUUUCAUUUUUCAAGAAACAAACUACAAACCAAAGCAGAAGGAAACAUAAAAAAUGUAUAACCUUCAAAUAUUAUAGCUAAUACAUUAGCAUUAUUUUUUUUGCUGAGGCCACAAGAAAUCGUAACAAUAACAACAAUACGUGCACGCCAAGCCCUCUCAGCCUAGGAAGUACAAUAGAAACACACGACAAACAGUGCCAUCCACAUCCACAGAACUUGCAAAAUUUUCCAGACGUACCAGAGUCAACAAAAACAACAAUACAAUACAUUGACCUUUAAAUUAUUAAAAAGACUACAAAGGUUCAGAUGUAUACUUAACAAUUUAAUUUCAUUUAUUGUUCGACAAGCUGUGUUAUAUAUAUUUUCUAACACUUCGUUUUUGAUGUCGUCUUUCAACGAAGGAGAAUUCAAUUAAGUCUCAAUUGAGGGCAUAAAUUAUCUAAAUUUUUGUCAUUUGGAAGCCUGGAAACCUAAAACAACGAACGCCCAGUAAUCGAUAGCCAAAAGUAAACAAUUAAACAAAAGAGGUCUGAGUGUGGAAAGAGGGAAAGUGAAGGAGGUCAACGGAGAUUUUACAUAUAAAUUAGUUGAAGAGACAGACCGGCGUAAGACAACAAGCAGCAGAUUUACGACAAUGGCCAAGGAUAAUCAGUGGAACUUUGUUGAUGAUGAGUCGGAGGCCUGUGAUGCCAUGCUGGCACCUCCACCAGCCCGUUCUGCCAGUGACCACCAUGCCGAACGCAUGUGGCAAUUCCAGGUUCUCAUGAAUGAUGACAUGGCUGCCGGUGAAAAGUUGGCUGUGGUGGGCAACUGUGAUGCACUGGGCAACUGGCAGCUGGGUGGCGGUGUUUUGUUGAGCAAGGAUGACGAGGAUUCGAAUGUGUGGAGUUUGGAUAUCCCAUUGCCUAGGGAUCGCACAAUUGCAUAUCGCUAUUUCAUUUGUGCUGUGGACCCGACAAGCGAAAAGCUAUUGGUACGCCGUUGGGAAACUUCUUUGGCUCUACGACAAAUAGCCAUUGAUGAACAGGGACCCCGUCGUACCGAUGCCGAUAUCUUUGGUGUUGUCAGUGAUGUUACGAAAGUGGAUCGUGGUUGGUUAUCAACGGAAACCAUUGUCCAAUUUAAGAUCUUCAAUGCCCCAUUCUCGUGGAAACAACGCAUGAAGAAACGACUCAUGUAUGUUAAAGUAACACCCAUGAAUUUGCGUAUACCAACUGGUGGUGCGGCGGCAGAUAACAACCCGCUGGCGGGAUCCAUUGCACCACUGGAGGAUUCCCUCUCCAACGAUACGCAUGACACGCGUGAGAAUGGCGGCGAUUGUGGCCUGGCAUUUUCCUUUUCUGAAGUUGUUACCCUGUCGGCCGAUGACAGUGUCAUUAGGCCACAGCCUCAAUUUGGCGCAAGAUGCGGUCCUGAUGACCUGGUUAUAUUCCAUUUGACAAUUGGUGAUUUCGAAAACACCGCCUAUUUGAUUGAUUUGUAUACGUACAGUUCCAAGGCGGAGGAAGAUGAGCCGCCCCAUCAUUUGGGCUAUCACUAUGUCCUACCCAAUUUGUUUAAAAUGUCUGAAGGUCGCUUGGAAGUGCCCAUUACAUGUGCCUCGAAACAUCGCCCAAUGGGUAUGAUGCAGUUGGGUUAUUUGCUCAUUAAACCCACACCCUCUCUCAAUAUGGAUAUGUCGGUUUCGUAUACACGUUAUUGGAACAAAAAAUGGACCGGUUUGGAUGUGGGUCAUCGUGGUUCGGGUACCUCAUUCAAAACCAACGAUAUGUCGAUCAGGGAAAACACAAUUACCUCGCUGAAAAAUGCCGCAGCCCAAGGUGCCGAUAUGGUGGAGUUUGAUGUGCAGUUGAGCAAAGAUUUAGUGCCUGUUGUUUAUCAUGAUUUUAUGAUUUAUGUUUCGCUCAAGUCCAAAUGUAAAAUGGAAGAACAUGAUUUUCUUGCCCUACCGGUGCGUGAGCUGUCACUGCAACAAUUGAAAAAUCUUAAAGUCUAUCAUACGACGGAGGGAAAAUCACGUUCUUCGCGUUCAUUUCAAGAUGAAGAUUUGCAGGAACAUCAGCCGUUCCCACCUCUGGCAGAUGUUCUCGAUGCCAUUGAUCCUCAUGUGGGCUUUAACAUUGAGGUGAAAUGGUCGCAACGUUUGCAUGAUGGCACCAUGGAGGAGGAAUUUGAACAUAUAAUCGAUCGUAAUCUAUAUGUGGACUGUAUUUUGGAUGUGGUAUUUCGGAAGGCUGGCAAGCGUCGUGUGGUGUUCUCAUGUUUCGAUCCCGAUAUUUGUACAAUGUUGCGUUUCAAACAGAAUCGUUAUCCGGUUAUGUUUUUGACCAUUGGCGUCACCGAAAAAUAUCAGAAGUACAUGGAUCCUCGUGGAAAUCGUAUCGAGACUGCUGUUUUCAAUUCUUUGGCUAUGGAAUUGUUGGGUAUUGUGGCCCAUACGGAAGAUUUACUCAGGGACCCGUCACAGGUAAAUCUAGCAAAGGAACGAGGUCUGGUUGUAUUCUGCUGGGGCGAAGAAAAUAAUUGCAAAGACACGAUUAAGCUAUUGAAAAAUUUGGGUCUACAUGCGAUUAUUUAUGACAAAAUGGAUGUGUUGACUUCCAAGGAGAUAAAGCAAAGUGUUUUCCUGCUGCAGGCCAAGGAAAGUCAAAACGAACUGUUAAAACUACAAGCCUUAGAAAUGGGCAAAGUAUGGCACACAACAUCAUCACCAUCAUCUGCGUCCUCGUCGUCGUCCUCAUCAUCGCCAAACUAAUUUUAGAAAAGCAUUUUGUUUUUUGUUUUCUUUUUUUCUCUAAACUAAUGAUAAUUAGCUGAAGUAAUCAGUUUUGUAAUUUAAAAUAAUAGCAGAUUAAUAUUUCAUAGAUUUUUUUACAUUAAACAAUAACAAUCUACAUACACUCCAAACAAUAAUUGAUAGACACAAAGAAUCUGCUGUACAAAAUCAUACAAAAAUUGGAUGCAAAUGAAAAUUGAAUGUAUUUAUUGACGAAGGCUACUGUGCGAUAUAGUGAAAUCGACUACCAUUGUAUAAAUGUCAUAGGGCAGUUGUCUUGAGUCAUUUGCAUAGAAUUUAUAAAGAUAUCUUUGAUUUGUCUUAUGAUUUUGCUAACCAAAAAAAAGGAACUCUUUAAUUGUAUAAAAUCAAAUAAUGUAUUCAUAACUUAAACAAUCACAUACAAACAUGUACACACAUUUUUUUAUUUUCCUCCUCCUCUAUUUAUAAUAUUUGUUUUUAAAUAUUUUUUAUAGAAUUUUUUUCCUGAUAUAUUUGUUUUGUAUUUCUUUAGCCGGAAAUUUUACUAUCAAUACAAAUAAAUGUUUUUUUUUUUGUUUUUUUCAUCAACUACAAUUUGGCAAUGUAAA